AUGAGUGCAGCCAAAUGGCUCGUUCUGGUAAAUCUGCUCCAGAUUCCAGCAGCGGCCCAUGCGACGCCAUUCGGCCAGCAUGAACUUAUGAGCCGGGGUGUUGGCCUUGGUCAACUUCCCAUCCCAUCUACUUACGAUGCACCUCGCUUCCGCUGGUGGUGGCCGGGCGGCUGGAUUGAGCCUGAUGUUGUGGAGAGCGAAAUACAAUCUAUCGCUUCUGCAGGAUUUGGUGGUGGUGAAAUUGGUGAUGUUGAGGAUAGCAUCAAGGUCUCGAUGGAUCCAAAAGUCUAUGGAUGGGCAAGAGAUCGAUGGAAUGCUGGUGUCCUUGCUGCCUAUAAGUCAGCCCAGAAACUGGGCGUUUACGUGGACAUGACUCUUGGUCCCCACUGGCCAACCGGAGUCCCGGGGUUCACCCCUGAUUCUCUCGAGACCUCCAAGGAGCUAGUUCAUGGGCAAGCCUUGAUUGCUGCGGGGAAGUCUUAUUCAGGAUCCCUUCCUCUGCCCGUGGCCAACCCAUCUGGUCAAGAGACUGGCAAUCCCUCGGUCAACGCAACCGCAAAAUUGGUUGCUAUUCUGGCUGCUAGAACCAAUGCAACAUCGGCGAAUGACACCGUAGUUUCAUUUGAGCCGUCGACAGUCGUGGAUUUGACAAAGUACUAUCAUAACAGCCAGUUAUCCUGGACUGCGCCCAAGGAUGGAAAGUACAUGGUCGUUGCCGUAUACGGCAGAGGGACUGGGCAGAUACAGAACAUGUACGACGGAAAUCCGGAUGGACCAAAAGUGACAUAUCCGUUUCCAGCUUACAUUGUCGACCAUUUCUCCAGCGCUGGCGUGGAUGCGUCUGUGAAUUAUUGGAACAAACAUAUCUUGAGCGAUGAAUUACGCCAAAUCAUGAAGAGUCAGGGAGGCUCCAUUUUUGAAGAUUCACUCGAACUCAAGUACAAGCAGUACUGGACACUCAACUUCAUGGCAGAAUUCAAGAAGCGACGAGGUUACGAUCUGACAUCAUACCUGCUUUAUAUACUCAAAGAUACCACCACAUUCACUGGUAACGAUGAAGUUGCCAGCAGAAUUGAGUACGACUUCUACUCCACUGUCACGGAUCUCUACAUCGACUACCGGGUCCAGGGAUUGAAGAAGUUCGCUAAUGGACUCGGCCUGAAAUUCCGCCUGCAGCCCUACACAGCCACGAUUGACUCUGCGCGGGCAGCUUCAGCUGUUGAUAUCCCCGAGGGCGAGUCCCUGGGCUUUGAGGGGGACAACGAUGCCUUUCGUGUUUUGGCUACUGGUCGAGAUGUUGCUGGUCACACCAAAAUCCUUUCCAACGAGCUGGGUGCUUACAUGGGCAAGGCAUAUGGUGUCACCUGGAACUUUCUUCUCGGGACGGCGAAUCUUGAUUAUUCUCUCGGUGUCAGCCACGCAGUUAUCCAUGGUUUCCCAUAUCGUGACUCUCCCUCCAGUGUGUGGCCAGGCUUUGCGCCUUUCACCCCUCUCGGCUUGUCGAGUAAUGGGUUCGCAGAUGCGUGGGGUCCUCGUCAGCCUCAAUGGCUCUUCGCGCCGAACGCGAGUAUCUAUAUGGCCCACGCUCACAACAUCCUGCAAACGGGCUCUCCAGCGGUGGAUCUGGCCGUUUUGAAUACCGAUUGGGGCGUUACGGCAACAUGGAAGGAUACUGGAUUGAAUGAUGCUGGCUAUUCUUAUCAGUUCCCAACCCCAGAACUACUGGCAGAGCACUCUGCCACUGUCAAGAAUAAGCGUCUUCUCCCUGAUGGCCCUCAGUACAAAGCCCUGUUGAUUAACAACAUCACUACCCUGAACCUUGAUAGCGCGAGGCAGAUUCUCUCAUACGCCAAGUCAGGUCUUCCUGUCGUGAUUGUUGGGGACGCUCCCUAUCAACCACAGUCUUUCUGUAAUGACUGUACGACAGUGAAGGCUCAAAUUGAGGAGACAUUCAAGUCAAUCAUGGCUUUGAAAACGACAAAACAAGUCUCAUCCCAAUCCGAUGCCCCAGUGGCUCUCAAGGCCCUUGGUAUCGGUCCCUCCGUUCAGUACUCUGUAUCAUCCAACGUUUCUACCAUCACGACCAAACGUCGCAUCAGCGACUCUGAGACCAUCUACUUCGUCUACAGCUCUUCUGCCAUUACCGAGACUAUCUCCCUGGAAGGGGAGGGUUAUCCACUUAUGUUGAACUUUUGGACCGGGGAGAUUACCCCUAUCGCUGCGUUCGACGUAGCUGGUGGGUACACCAAAGUCAACCUGACCUUGGGCGAGAAUGCUGCGCAGGCAGUUUACCUCGGCAAAAGAAACACAUAUGGCGUCUCUAAUCUCAUCAAACAUGUUACCGCUACUGAUGCCGAGGUCUUUGUUGAUUCGGGAAAUAUUUUCCUGAGAUCUAGCAAAAAUGGAACUCAUACUGCGAAAUUGUCAAAUGGAAAAACGGUCAGCGUCAAAUUCGAUGAUGUGCCGGCUCCAAUCUCUCCGACUUCUUGGACGCUAUCAGUCGAGGAUUGGUCCCCUCUGAGCACCAACGAGACUGGAUUGAACUCCUCCUUGACUUCGAAGACCAUUUUGCCGAGUAUCAAGUUGAAUUCCCUUAAGUCUUGGACCAACAUCACUGGAUUGGAGAGUGCGAGUGGCAUUGGGACUUACAGUACGACCGUCGAUCUAUCCCUAGACCAGUCAUCUCAGAGCUCUGGAGAGAAUCUCGCGGUUUUCGUCAACUUCGGCGAUGUGGAAGGUAGUUGGGGCUUGAAAAUCAACAAUAUACAAGUCGAUGGGGUGGACUUCCUAUCUUCGACACCGCUGGAAGUUACUUCAUAUGUGAAGAAUGGUCUCAAUGAUAUUGAGAUUACAGUUGCCACUACACUGUGGAACAAGCUACGGAAGACGUGGCCUGCUAUCUAUGGAUCCCUAGAGGCACAGGAAGUUGGUCUGUUGGGCCCCGUCACAUUGACGUACUACGCUCAGAAGCAAAUCUAA